AUGAACUUGUACAAAAGUGUAUUAUAUUUUUUUCUGAGCGUAACAAUCAUAAAAUCAAACUUUACUGGCCAUCAUUGUGACACAGUCAAGCCAUACGGUAUAGUUAAUGCAUCAGCUUCUGGGAAAUGGCAUCUUGUCAAGGGUGUUCAGAUCGGAGGAGGCAAUGGGUCCAGCAAUGCCUGCGGCUUCUUCAACACAGUCUCACCCUGUAAGUGCAUUGGAGUGUAUAUAUCCACGAACCAAACGCCGCCUAUAACAAACUACACAUUGAUCAAUUUUGGAUACAAUUCGCAGCUACGAUCAUACGGCACUACUGAUAUUCGGCUUAACUUGAUUUCAAAAACUUUAUCAAUUUACAAUGCCUAUGUUCCUCUUGCACAGAUAAAUUUCACGGUUGCUAUACUUGGUACAGACGAUUUUACUUCUUGGAUGUCACUUACAAUGUGCAACAGUCUUAAAGACAAAAAUGGUAGUAUAGGUAAAAUAAUGUGGAUCAUAACAAGAAGUAAUAAUCCUAGCCAGACCAUUUUGUCAAAUGCGACAGAUACACUGAAAACUUACAUCAAUGGAAACAUGCCGUUGAUCAGUAUAGAUCAAACAAACUGUCCUCCAAUUGUGUAAUGUAAAUUAUAAAAAACAAAAACGAAAAACAAAUGAACAUUGUAUUUUA